AUGUCUGCUGUUGGAAAACCUCAUCCCAAAGAGAAAUUUACACCUGCAGAAGAUGUAAAACUACGUGCCCUAGUCCAAUUCCUAGGAACAAGCUCUUGGAAUAAAGUUGCAGAAUUCAUGGGCACUCGAAACGCGCGCCAAUGCCGAGAUAGAUAUAAAAACUAUCUUGCUCCAAACUUAUGUACCAAACCAUGGACUUUGGAAGAUGAUGAAAAGUUAAAUAACUUAAUUAAUACGAUGGGGAAGAAAUGGUCACAAAUUGCCAAGGAAUUCCCAGGUAGAACUGAUAUAAAUAUCAAGAGUAGGUGGAUGCUGCUUCAACGACAGUUGGCACGCGAAAAAGAAAAUUCCAAAAAGUCGAAUAACUUUUUCAAUUCAAUAGAAGAGCUCUCAUUAGAUAUAUCAGAUGAAUGCAAUCUUCCCGUUGCUUCAGAUUUAUCAGAUAUUACAACAGAUACAAUUUAUCCAGAUUACGAAUUCCGCCUAUAA